AUGAAAGUUGUAGUCGUGGGGGCAGGGAUCUCUGGGCUGAAGGCCGCAGCGACGCUGUACCAGCGGGGCGUCCAAGAGUGUGUCGUUCUUGAGGCGAGGAGCCGGAUCGGGGGCAGGUUGCACUCUGUGACAGGGUACGACGGGAAGCGGAAAUACGAUCUGGGGGCGUCCUGGCACCACGACACGCUCAGGAACGACCUGUUCUUUGAGGAGUGUCGAAUAAGUGCCGGCGGUGCCGGUGGAACCGCCGGUGGUGCGGCGCCCUUUGCCUUCGACGACGACUUCAUGAUCCUAAUCGAUAACAGGCUGGGCCGGCUCGAUAGACACCCAGAGAUGCGGCUCGAGAUCGUUGACAGCGAGAUCAGCAAGUUCGCGGACUUGGAGUACCAUCAGAAACUAGGGACGAGAGACACAUCGUUCAGGGAUCUCGUUUACAAGUACCUGUUCGAGAAGAGGCAGUUCCUAACGGACAACCAGAUCAGGUACACUCCGCAGUUGUCCCGGUUCCUCGAACUUUGGCAUGGGAUCGACUGGCGGCUCUUGAGCGCAAGGGACACGUAUUUCGGGCACCAGGGCCGUAACGCGUUUGUGAUGAACUUCGACGCCGUGGUCCGCCGCAUCAGCUCAGGGUUCCCACAGGAGUGGAUCCAUUGCGACUCACCAGUGGCAGCGAUCUCGAGAACUCGCGACGGAAAGGUCCAAGUAAGGACACAGGGCCCUGAAGGUGCCGAUAUCGAGGCGGACUACUGCAUUGUCACGGUCCCUCAGAGCGUCCUGCAAUUGUCCACUGAGACUAUGCCAGCAGAGGGGAGAAUCCAGUUCUCCCCACCACUGAACACGAGAAUCACGGGUGCGUUCGAAAGGAUGCACUUUGGUGGGCUCGGGAAAGUCAUCUUCGAGUUCGACAGGACCACAUGGUCCCUCGAAAGCACGAAGAUCCUGACUCUCGCGCAGAGUUCCAGCGAGUUUGUCCAACGGGUGCGGUCAGCGACUAGUCUCGAGGCACUCGUCGAAGACCCUGAAACACCACAGGUCGGCACCUGCUGGGACCACCCGCUGUACUUUGUCAAUUUGAGCAAGAUCGACGGUACGCCCAGUUUCAUGAUGAUCAUGCAGGAACCGCUGACGCAGUACAUCGAGUCCCUAGGCGGCGACAAGCAACGGGUAGUCGAGUAUUUCCGGCCCGUGCUGGACAAAGUAUUGACUACCUUGGGGAGUCCACCUUUACAGGACGCCAUGGCGGUUGAUCACGGUGAUGAUGUAGGAGGCUUCGCGCCGCUGUUGAAGAACGUCAUUGUAUCGAACUGGACACAAGACGAGUUCUCUCGGGGUGCAUACAGUGCAUGUCACCCGGGGGACGAUGCCCUGGACAUGAUCGUCGCGCUGAGUGACGGGCAGGGCCCCAGGAUCCGGUUUGCUGGGGAACACACGGUCAUGGACGGCGCUGGAUGUGUCUACGGUGCGUGGGAGAGCGGCAAGCGCGAGGCAGAGUUCAUUCUCGAGGACGCCAACUGGCCACAGUGA